AUGGGAACGGACGACACAGUGGAUAAAAUAAUGAGAAUAUUCAAAAACCGGCAUUCAGUGGUAGAUGAGAUAGUGUUGGACAGUAACCGGAGAUACCUCAAAGGGAUUGAAAAGUUGAUGACAAAGUUGAUGAAAGCUAUCGAGAUGAGAAGAGCACUCAACUACAAAUGUCUAUGGAAAGUGAAGCAGCUGAAAUGGAUCGGUCCGUUACAAUGCCCUCUAUUCUUUCAAUUCCUUGGGCAAUUAGACCCGAAGUAUUUAAACACGCUGUUUAUCAUUGGAGACAUUUCAGUCGACUUUGAGGUGGUAAAGAACACGGCGCAGUGGAAGGCGUUGAAAGAGUGCCGAAUCACUUCUCCUUUGAAAUUGCAUCUUGACAACUUUCAUCACUUUGCGAAGAUGGAGAUACAGGUGCACAGGUUGGAGGUGCAGAUGUUUUUGGAGUUUAUACAGAAAUUCAUGGACAAACCCCUGCUGACUCUCUCAUACUUCAUGAUAGGCUCGUUCACCUCCAUGGCCUUUGAAUGGAGACUUCCGAUUCUUGAACACUUCUUCAAAAAUGCAUUCAUAGAAUUGAAGGGAGACGUCCACCAUAUCACCCAAAGACCAGUACAACGAUUCCAGUUACCCAGGGAUCCUGAGAAAGUGCUGGUCGUGAAUUUCACUGAAAAUUCGAUAAUUGGAAUGGUUGCUGGAAAGAACUCAAUGUUUCGAAACAUUCGCAACAGAAUUUGCUCAAUUUUUCGUGGUAGACGACGACGACGUCAAGGUACAGCGGCGGCUCCGCCGAUUGUGAUUGUUUCGAAGCCAGCUGAGAAUGCAGAAGUAGAAGAAGCAGAAGAGGAGAAAAUAGAGGGAGAAGGAUUGCUAGAAAUGAGCCAAACUGGAGAAAUCGAACCAGUUGCCCCGUUAUUCGACGGACACAUCAUUAUCUACCCGCCACUUUACAGUGAGAGUCCAAAAUAUUGUAUAGAGUUUCACGAGAGAGAAACAGUGAAAACAAGAAAGAAGAUCAGAGAAUUUGAAUUAAACGAAGCAAUCGACAAAAUAUUCGAGAAGGUGCAGAAUAGGAAUUCAUUGAUUGGAAAACUACAAAUUGGGCGGAGAUAUCACAAAGAGGGACUGAAAGAGACUGAUUUGUUUAUGGAUAUGAUGAUGGAGAGGUUUAAAAUGGAGAAGAAGAAGGAGAAAACAUAUCACUGGAAUGUUGAAAUGCUACACUGCAAUUUCUCACUGGACAACAUAAAUCUCCAUGAAUUUCUGAAAUUUUUCAAUCCAGAGAUUUUGGGAAUUCUCAGUGUCCUGCCACCGUAUGGCUCAAAACCAAAAAUCUUCCAACUACAUCAGACAGAUGCUAUCAUCAAUAUGAAGUGUAUGAAGCAUCUGAAACAUUUUCAUAUUCGUCAUGAGUUAACAUUAGGAUAUAAUGAAUUACACAAAUUGCACGGAAUGAAUAAGUUGGAGGUACAUGUGAGACGUUUGGAUCCGUUGGAAUUUGCGAAUUAUAUUAAGAGUUACUCCUCGAAAAGGUUUAAUCAUAUGCCACCGAGUCUUUUCUUCUAUAUCAAUUCCACGUUAGGUAUGGAUGUCACCUUCGAACGGACAGUUCUUCAACAGUACAGACAGGACGGGGAGAUUGAUACUAUAACCGACAAGUACGAUCGCCGCGCCUACAGAAUCCGUACCGUUAACAUCGAGGACCUCUGGAUAAUGUUCCACGACACUAUGGUCUACGGAACAUGGGUCACCAAGAAAACAUAUGAACCGGAACUUCUCCUAACUCUUGUCUAUCGUCGAUUCAACAGUUUGGCACAAGUUUGGGAUGUGAAAUCAGAGAUUUUGAAUCCGAAAUAG